AUCUGAGCUAGUUUAGUCAGUGCCUUAUCUGCAUCAUAUAACCAUAAUAUGACACGUAUUCCUAGUAGGUGGAUAGGGCUUUCACAGCAGGUAAGGCAGAGCUGCGUCUGUCAUUCCCCCCUGCAGCUCCGCUUGCUAUGACACUCAUUGAUUUUUAGCCAUUUGCAGUAACCGGCUUUCCCCUCUAAACGGGAAACUACUGAGGUGAUUGACAGUUAGGCUGUUUGCUUUGAGCUGGCCUUGUUGACUAAUAAUGAAGCUUUGCGAAGCCAUGAUGGAUAUGGAAAUGCCAGACUACACAGAAACCCUGGACUCCUCGUACACCAUGCUGGAAUUUGACAAUAUUCGUGUUUUACCAACGAGUGCCGGUAAGUUAGCCAUGCUUGUCUAUGGCAGGAAUAGCUGUGUACAUACAUAGUGCUAUCGACCAGUUCUGUUUUAACAGAUAUUCAGUGUGAGACUACCUUCUGUGGCCGCCAUGUCUCUUGCGAUGCCGUAAGAAUAAUUUCAUUUCAUUUCUACUAGUUCAUUCAUGCACUGUGGAGUGUAAUAAUGAUGUCAAUAGUGUAUUAGGAGACAGCUUUUGUUGAGAUUUCGUUUGUUUUCAGUUAAGUGUCGGUGAUAUAUUGUUUCAUACAUAGUUAUAACUGGAUUCAUCAAAACGAUUACUCAGAAUGUAUUGGGUCAAAGUGCUAAGUUUUACCUGUCCAUAAUAAUGAAUAUCUGUCAACAUGUAUUGGAUUGAUGUACAGUGGGUACUGUGAUAAGAAUUUUCCCGCAGUGUGUGUGUGUAAUGUUGUUUAAUGAUUAUAAUGUGUAGAGUAUGAAAUUGUAAGAACCUUUAAAUCUGAGUAUAAUGCCACGUUACAGUUGGCUCAAAUGAUAUGAACAUUUAUAAAUCCACUAUCAUGGCAUUUAUCCUCUUUUUAUAUUCGUAUUUCAUACAGAAUAGGAUAACCUGUUUCACAUAGUAUUGUUUCUAUUCGUAUGAGUAGGUAGUAUGUAUGUGUGCAUUUGGCUGGGUGCACAAAAAUCACUUAAACAUUUUUCCAAAAAGAUCCAGCACUGCCGAAAACCAACGUGAUUUUAUUUUGUGCACAACAGGGAGCUCACAAAUGGUAACGAUUGGCUCACAUAUUUUAUUUGGAAUGUAUUACUGAUGUGGCAGUACUAGAGGUCUGUGCAGCGCCCAACUUUAGUAUACGGUCAUCCAUUUUGUUUUGUACAUGGAUUAAAAUUUAAAAAAAAAUUACAUUUUUUUAUUAAAACCAACAGAAUGCAGUUGCAUUAUUUUAUUAGGCUCCUGUUAUUGGUGAAUAAUUGUAUAACUGUAAAUAAUCGUUAAUGAGUUUUUCUUGCUCACAAUACCUGCAGCAUGUUGAUGUAGUUUUUCUUGUAAAUAUCUCUAGGAUAAUAUAGCAGUUAUCUAGAUUUCUAAAGAUCUGCAGUGCGGUUAGUUGAUCAGCCACUCUGGCAUUCAAUCCAUUGUUUGCGUCAAUUUAUCACAUUGUCCCAGAUUUUCCUUUAAUAGUUGUGGCCCCGUUUUUCCUCCUCCUAUUACAGACACCGAGUUAAUUAUAAUUGUACAUUAAAUGCUACAAGUGAAACCCAACACAUUAUUGUUACUUGUUAUAUUGUUUUAUGACCGAUAUAACAUUAUUUGUGUAAAUUCUAUUCUUUUGCCAUGUUUUAGGCAUUUUUGUUACACUGCUGAUAAUGCUGUUUCUAUGCUUUCCUACAAUCUGAUAAUGUUAAUAAACAGAUAUAGAUAUAUAUGUUUAACACACACACGGCUGAUAGAGUAGGACCUGCCAAGAGGGGUACAUUGACGUUGUGGCAGGUUUAUGCAAUAUAAACCCCCAUUAUUUUUUGCCUCGGUGAGGUGUUUUUAAAUGAAACGAUUACAAUCUGUGAGAUUUGAAGUCAUUGUUUAGUGAAUAAGCGAGUGCGCUGGAUUCUGUAUUUUGGAUGUUGUGUAUAUUGACCCCCAGCAGCACUCUAUAACGUGUGCAUGUUCAGGUGAGAGCAGCCCUCUAGGUUUACGUUAUAUAUACUUUGUGGAAUAUAUUUAUAUUUGACAAACUUGGCUUUUCAAGUUAUUGUGCUGCAGUUUAGGAAUUCUAAAUGAGAGUCUAUUACAGUCAUCAAAUCAAACCGUAUAAAAGAGAUGUGAGGAUUGUUUUUGGAGCCGAUAUAAAUAGAUUUGUAACUGAGAGUAGAACAAACGUUUACUUCCUCUAUCUUUUAAAACUGCCAUUUUAAGACCGUUUUUGUUUCUACUUUAUAGAAAAUAUUUUUGUUUUUGUCGUGAUUCAACAAUCAAAGUACAGAUGCAUUUAUAAUUUCUCUCUUUUUUUAGAAAUAAUUUUUUGUCACUUACACAAGUAUCAAUUAUACAAAAUAUUUUUAUCAUUGUGGACGAAGAGCCAACUAAAGCAAGGAAGUACCAAAAUAAAACUUUAAUAAGAAGUGCGUGUAACCUAGUUAGCCGAAUCCACAUUAUAAACUGUGACUCGCUGUUGUGUGACCUAUUAUUAAAGAAUUUUACCAGAAAGUGUGAAAUGUAUGUGUCUUAUUCAAUUCCCAGUCUAGAACUGGGCAAACCGUUCUUACAGUGUGGGCAACUCUUUAAUAGUUAAUAGACCCAAUCCGGUGAUGGCUAACCAUCACACCAUAAACUGUUUCUGGACUACAUUUCCCAUGAUGCUCAGCGAGCUUUUAAACUCUAAAAGCUAGCUGAGAAUCAUGGGAAAUGUAGUCCAGAAACAGUUUAUGGUGUCAAGGUUAGCCAUCACUGAUAAUCCAUGUUAUUCAGAUAGAUGCUGGAUAAUGUGACAGACUCGUAAAUAUAUUAUCCUAAAAUGUCAUCAUUUAUGUUUACAUGAUAGGUGUAAUAAUUAGAUAAUAACCACAUGGCAGUAUCAGCUAUCUUUUCAAGCAUUGGUCCAUUACACUACAGAAACACUUAAAGCAAUGACAGACAAAGUGCAUUGUGUUUCCUUGUUAGCCCUUCAAUGUAGAGUAUUUGUAUUUCCUUUGAGUUUAUAUUUGCUGGAGACAUGACAAUGUUAUGUACACCGAAUGCCCAUUAGUGACGAGGCACAUGGCCCCCAGAAUGUCACCGCUUCUAAAUUCCCUAUAUCCAAUCAAGCUAUUGAUGGGAAAUGAUAGGGUUUUAUUUUUAGUGGAUGUGAGGGAUUUUAUCCCCUAUUAUGGGGUCAGAUUGUAGAAUUAUUGGUUCGGUGAAAAGGUUAAAGCAGGUAUCUCUUCUCUGCACACAGAUUCAGGGUCUGCUGGAAUGGCUGAUCUCCUGUGCCUCAUCCACUGAUACCAGGGUCAGGUUACUUAUAAUAUUUGCUUUAUUGUUAAUCAGUUACUUACUAACUUGGUGCAAUGCUGUUUGGAAAAUAGUUUGUUUGUCUUGAGUAAUUACCCCAUUUUACAACUUUGAUACACAAAUAUGUAUCACACUAAGGAAACACAGAUUUAACGGAGGUCUUGCUAAAGACAUAACAUGUGUAUGUAUUUAAAAACAUCUUAUAAUCUGGUUUAUAGAAAAUGCCCAAGUCAAGGAUUCAGUGCAGUUAGGAACACACGGACUUGUUUGCUAUUCCCAAAACAUUUGCAUAGGAUUCUGGAAUACGACUUGCCCACCAUUACCGAAUUAGUUUUAUUGGCUUGUGAGCCACCCAUGUUGUUAGGUAUUAUUGUACGCUGAAUAUCACUGGCUGGUACACUGUACUUGUCUGUUGUUCCUGGAUACAUUAAAGGGACACUCCAGGCACCCAGACCACUUCUGCCCAUUGGAGUGGUCUGGGUGCCAGCUCCCACCACCCUUAACCCUGCAACUGUAAUUAUUGCAGUUCUUAUAAACUGCAAUAAUUACCUGGCAGAGUUAAGUCCUCCUCUAGUGGCUGUCUAUCAGACAGCCACUAGAGGAACUUCUGUGUUCUCAGAACGCGAAAAGUAUUUUAAAUGAUGCUGGACGUCUUCACGCUAUGCAGGAGGACCUCCAGCGUCACCGGAAUCCCCAUAGGAAAGCAUUGAAUAUGCCAUAGGAAAGCAAGAAUAAUGCUUUCCAAUGGGGAGGUUUAAUGCGUGCACGCGGCCAUUGCCGCACACGUGCAUUGGGUCUCCCCCGCCGAGGAGGAGCGUGGGCGGAGCCUGAACCAGCGCUGGGGGGCAUCGGCGUUGGAUUCAGGUAAGUCACUGAAGGGGUUUUAACCCUUUCAGCAACAUGGAAUGGGGGGUGGGAGGGAGAGGGGCACUUCAGGAUUCUCUAGUGCCAGGAAAAAGGAUAUGAUUUCCUGGCAUUGGAGAGUCCCUUUAAAGUCAUUUUAAAACCAUUGACAAAUGUGAAUAUAGACAACCUUGCUGUGUUGAAAAGAAUGGCAGUGAGAUAAAGGUAUGGAUAGCCUUUUACAGUUUGGAUAGGAAAAAGGGAAAUAGUGAAUAGGUUACUGCAGUACGUAGGGAAUAUAAUACAGCUUUAAACCCAAUGAAGCCUAGGAGUCCAGUCUAGGGAGCUAAUGAUAGCACAGUCCUUUCAAAGCAGAACAAAAAAACAAAAACAUGCAGAGGUGCAGGGGUUAUGCUAAGGUGUCAAAACAACCACACCAUCUAAUGCCGUUCAUAUAGUGUUUACAUACAAAUCCUUCCUCAAUGUAAAAACAAGAGGGCUUUUUUGGAUAUGUUAUAUAAAUGUCAUUUAAUGGUGAUCUUAGCAUUACCCUCUAUGCAUUAUUGGAGUCAUGGGGGUCCUGUCAACAGGGUAACUCCUAUGACUUAAAGCCAGGUUUCAUUGUGAAAGCAGUAUAUUAUUGUUUUACUUUGACCUCCAGGCUGGUAGUUAUAACAACCAUUUUGGUGUGUAGUGGUGAUGGUGCUAGUUUAAUUACCAUUCUCCCAUUAUUUUGCCAUAUUCUCUUUGGGUGGCAAAAAACAAUACACUGUAGUGGUGAUGGUGCUUAGUUCCCUAUAGAUAUUCCUUGGUAAGAAUAAUUUUAUUAGCAGAGAUGUACAAAGACACUUACUAACCUUUAGUUCUACACUUCCCAUGAUGCUAAGAUAGGGUAGUGUCCGAACAUGAUUGUAAUUCUCCUGUUCUAUGUUAAUUGUAAGGAAUCUGCAAUUUUAUUAGAUAAUCUAUGCUGAAGUUUAUAAGAUUCUCUCACUGGAGUGAAAAUAUAUACAGGUCAGAGAUGUUGCUCCAAAAAUACCACUUCGUUAGUGCUCUAUAGAGGUUUCUUUGUAUAAGGCAUUGCUCAGAAUGUUUGCUUCUAACUCAAGCCUGGCAGCUAUGAAAAGACGAGUUGUAAUGAAAGUUUGUAUCUUGGAAUAUAUCGAACGCAGUAUCGCCCUGCAAGCUCUGGGUUUUACUUAUUUAUUUUGGUUGUUUCCCAAUGUGCUCAGUGUUUGCUCGUUUAAAGGGUAACAGUUGCUGACAUUGAAUGGUAGAGUCUUUGCUCAGUUGGUAAUGAAUGUGCAGGUCACCUUGAUAACUCCUCACUAGGAUAAAUGAGAAUUGCAUCUUUUAGUUUGUCAGAAGCCAUAUUUGUUUUCAGUAAGGAGAAGAUUGGAUGGGAACGGCCUUGUUCUGACUCAUGAGCCGCUGUAAUUGAAUUUGACGUGAUCUUUGGUUCCAUUAGUCAUAUUUAUGAUUAUUGCAGGCUAAUAAACCAUAAAACCUGGAUGGAUGGUAGAGCGUGAAAUCAGCAGAACUGAGUCACUUGUGCAGUGAGUACUGCACUUUAUCAUCACAGUGAUAGAAAUCGUCCUAUCGACGGGUCUUCCAACUUAGAUCAUGGUGGAUACAUUUCUCUGAUCUGAUAAUAUAGUUCAUGUUUGCUUUACUCCGUCACAAUAUAUUGUAUUUUAUAUAAUACUGCAGUUUGAAUUGGUUAAUAGAAUAAUAAAUCAUUUCUGAUAUUUUGGGAGAUUCUGCAUUGUUUGGAAUGCAUGUAUUUGCCCCAGACUCAGUGCUCUAAAUAAUUGCAUUUCCCCAUCUCUCCCAGAAUGCCAUGCAGGAUGCAUAAAUCAGUACAGGGGGCACUAUUUCUUUGUAGAUUUUUUUUAAAAUCUAUUUAUUGCAGAGAUUUGAUUUUUUGUGCACAAGGCAAUACAUACACAUACAUUAAACUAUACAAUUUAAAAUUCUAUUAAUCAAGAAAGAACAAAGUAUACAAACAAACAAAUGGCCUCCCUACAGACCAAUCUGUGAUUGUAUGUGAAUGUGUGUGUCUGGGAUUGUAUGUGGGUGUGUGUCUGGGAUUGUAUGUGGGUGUGUGUCCGGAAUUGUAUGUGGGUGUGUGUCUGUGAUUGUAUGUGGGUGUGUGUCUGUGAUUGUAUGUGGGUGUGUGUCUGGGAUUGUAUGUGGGUGUGUGUCCAUGAUUGCAUGUGGGUGUGUGUCCGGGAUUGCAUGUGGGUGUGUGUCCGGGAUUGCAUGUGGGUGUGUGUCUGGGAUUGUAUGUGGGUGUGUGUCUGGGAUUGUAUGUGGGUGGGUGUCUGGGAUUGUAUGUGGGUGUGUGUCCAUGAUUGUAUGUGGUUUUGUGUCCAUGAUUGCAUGUGGGUGUGUGGGUGUCUGUAACUGUGUAUAGUGUGUGUGUAUAUACUUGUGUAUGUGUUUAGUAAAUAACUCCCUAAUUUGGUAUCCUUAAAGGGACACUAUAGUCACCUGAACAACUUUAGCUUAAUGAAGCAGUUUUGGUGUAUAGAACAUGCCCCUGCAGCCUCACUGCUCAAUCCUCUGCCAUUUAGGAGUUAAAUCCCUUUGUUUAUGAACCCUAGUCACACCUCCCUGCAUGUGACUUGCACAGCCUUCCAUAAACACUUCCUGUAAAGAGAGCCCUAUUUAGGCUUUCUUUAUUGCAAGUUCUGUUUAAUUAAGAUUUUCUUAUCCCCUGCUAUGUUAAUAGCUUGCUAGACCCUGCAAGAGCCUCCUGCAUGUGAAUAAAGUUCAAUUUAGAGAUACAAUUAUUUAAGGUAAAUUACAUCUGUGACAGAUUCAUCUGUAUUGCUGGUUCGUCAGAUGGAUUGUCCAGGCAAACCGACAUCCUCACCACCUCUUAAUCCGGUCAUCCCCACGUUGACCCGCCAAAGGUAUUGCUGGUUCGUCUGUUUCCCUUUGUUUCGCUGAAUUUCCUGUUCGUAUGCCCCUGUUCGUGUGAUUACAAAAUACCGAUUGAAACUACCGAACGAACGACCACCCAGGAGAGGAGUGUGCUGCUGGUUAACCUCUUGGCCCCAAUUAGAACGUUGUGGUUAACUGCAGACACCUCUCCAUUCCAUUCGUACGGGUGGUCGUCGUUCGCAUGUCGACCAUGAGGCAGCGGCCAUUUUGGGACACGAGGAAGCGUAGCGGGGUUCGGUACAAAUCCUAUGGAACUGGAAACGGACACUUUAAUCUACCGAACAUCGCUGGAAGCUGCUGCCCACCUUCUAUUUCGGCGAGGCGCACGAACGCCGGUCGUUCGGGAGUUUUUAUACAUUCGUAUGGACCUUUACCCAGAUAGCCGUCCCAUGGGGUCAUUCGAAGGACUGGUGAAAGACUUUGACUUCAUGGUGAUUCGACUAGAUACAUCGGAUCUGAGCGCUAUUCGGUAGAAAUAUGCACUCAGAUCCAGGCUGUCUGGGGAUACGUUACACAAACUAUAUUCAUUCGGUAUUUCUUCAGUUAUAUAUUUUAAUGUAUUUUUCUUACUGUAUUUUAAAAUGGCGAUUGUCUCUAUCCUGGGAGAUAUGUUUUACAGUCUUCCACAAGGUCCCCUCGGGGAGUGUCCACCUUGUGGAGACCUGCAUAAAUACCGGGCAGUUAGCCCCCAUUAAACAGAACCUUAUUUGACCCUCAAGACGGAGCUUGGUCUCGUUUGUGGGGGAAUUAUUACUGGGACAGCACUUUCGUUAUUUUUAGCUGUGGAAGGCGUUCGACUGUUUUGCUGAUCGGGAGUUGCCGUGUUCGUGAACUUCGUUCGGGAGUUUGGCGGUCGGCUGAAUAUAAACUGCAUUUCUGGAGAGGGGGAUUAUUCACUAAACGGCGGCUUCAUCUACCUGGCGGUGAGUGUCGUAACAACAUCUGUUUGAAAGUGAAACCAGUUUCUUUUUUUUCAUGCAGGCUCUGUCAAUCAUAGCCAGGGGAGGUGUGGCUAGGGCUGCAUAAACAGAAACAACGUGAUUUAACUCCUAAAUGGCAGAGAAUUGAGCAGUGAAAUUGCAGGGGAAUGAUCUAUACACUAAAACUGCUUUAUUUAGCUAAAGUAAUUUAGGUGACUGUAGUGUUCCUUUAAAUAUGGCAAUCCCGCAUAAGGAUAACAAAUAAGGGAGUUUAAUACUGAAUGGGGGAAAAAAAGAGCUAAUCAAUGAUUACAGCUAGAUGAUUAAUAUAUAUGUUGUCUAGGCGUAAGACCAUGCCUGCACCGGAUCGUAGCUAUCCAAAAAUUAUGGUCAAUGAUAGUCAAUGACAUUAAAUAAGUAGGUUAAACUUCUUUGCUUAUUAAAGAUUCUUGCGAGGGUGACAAUAAAUUUUUAUACUAUACAUUAUUCCCAAGCUGAAAUUAAAUACCCCUAUCCAUAUUGUAUUGAUAAUUAAGCUGGUUUGUUAUAGGACCAUGAAGGUACAUCUUGUUGAAGCCAAUAUCUUGAUAUUGCAAUUUCUGUAGCCAUCAUCAUCUGAAUGAUUAAAUAUAUUUUCUGAAAAGUAAAUCUCAAUAUAUUAAAAGUUCUACCAGCAUAUUAUCCUCUGGAUCUUCCCUUAUCUCAGAGAGUGCUUUUAGGGCUCUGGCCCAUAAUGGUCUUCUGAACUCACAAUCCCACCCAUAUGUUUCUUCCUACUUCACGAUUACACCUCCAACAUAAUUUUGAAUUAUUUUGUUAUAUUUUAUUGCUAAUCUCUGGUACCAUGGGCGACUGAUUAUUUUUUUAAUGAAUAUUUACAAUAUUCAGACAGUGAAGUGAUUGUUUUACCUCUUUGAUACUUACUCCACUGAUCCAACUGAGAAACGACCCCAACUUCUUUAUUCCAAUCCUUCCUUGCUUUAUGUUUAAACUUCACAUUUUCAAGCCUUAGUACUUGAUAGCAAUAGGAUAUAUAUUUAUAUUUAAGAUUAUUAAAUAAAUCAUUCAUUUUUUUAAAAAUUCAAUAUGUCUUUCUCAUCAUACAACAGCAGUCGAGCCAAAUAAUUUUUUAAUCUCAACUAAGUAAAUAUCUCCUUUGAGAGCAGGUCGAAGCACCACUGUAGCUGUGGAAAAUAACUUAUUCUGUGUCCCUCCAUUAGGUCCACUAUCCUCCAUGCGAGUUAGUCCAAUUCUGUAAUUGUAGGUCUAUUAAGUUGUGCUCGGUAGUACUGAUAAAACUAUACAUAGAUCUUUUGUCGAGCAAUUAGUUUUUUUUUGCUUAGAUGUGGAGUUUCUAUUGUAGACAAAAAACUGUUAGCUGUACUACUAUCCUUCCACCAUACCAGACAAUUUAGGCUGGGCAUGUCCAACCAGCAGCCCACCGGCACCGCUAGUAAUGCAGUCCAGACAGAGAGGGAGGCAGGGUGCCCUUUACAUACUGUACAGCUCCCUCGCGUACCCUGCAGUGAGCCAGCAGCCAGGAUAUGACAUCAUCCCAGCAUCACUAGUGGGCAUGUGUGGGACCUGUGCAGCAAGAGCACAGAGAUGUAAGCCCAGCAGCAACCACUAGUCACCAGGGAUCGAGGAUCCACACCAGCCUUCCCAGAGCAAGGUAUGGAGGCUGGGUGGACCUCAUUAGUACCUAAUGUGUAUCAGUGAGAAUUUUGUCUAUAUAUGUCAGUGAUUGUGUGUAUGCCUGUGAUUGUGUGUGUGUAUGUGACUGUGUAUAGGUCUGUGAUUGUAUGUUUGUGUUUUAGGAGCUAGCUCCCUAAUUUGGUAUCCUUAAAUAUGGCAAUCCCAUAUAAGGAUAACAAAUAAGGGAGUUAUGUAGCAUUGAAAUAUCAAAAUUAAGAAAAGGGCUUCUAAAGUUUUACUACUUGUAUACAUUAACUAUAGUAUAUAUAUGUGUGUGUGUGUGUAAUAGAUGUGAGGGCCGAGACAAUUCUUCGCUCAAUGCGGCCCAGGGAAGCCAAAAGUUUGCACCCUCAUAUGGUUUACCAGACAUCUUCAUUGAGAUCUGGGUGAUUUUACAGUGACAAAAUGAUCCACUAGUUUAUACAAUUGUGUGUGUGUGUGCAUACAUGUGCAUAUGGAGGUUAAAAUCUAUGUUUUGUAGUAAAUACUAGCAUUCUGUUUUUGUUGGUUUUUGUUUUAUCCCCAGAGAUUAUCUCUGUAGAAGCGGCCAGUGCUGGUUUGCUUGGCAAUGGCUUAAAUGCUUUGUGUGCCAUUUGUGGAGAUCGAGCAACAGGAAAACACUAUGGAGCGUCGAGCUGUGAUGGCUGUAAAGGGUUCUUCCGUAGAAGCGUUCGCAAGAAUCACGUGUACACAUGCCGGUAAAGUGACCUCAGGUUUACCAUACACCCUGCUGUACAACAAACUGCUUAGAAAACGUGCCAUCCAUGUUUACGGAUCAUUUUAUUUAGCGUGCUAGGAAAUACUGUGAGUAAAAUGUACCAGUAACAUCUUCCAGCCAGUUAUUAUUUAAGAAGGAACUAGCUACCAGUCCACACCUUAUUACUCAUCUGGAGAAGCAGAUUUUGUGAUUUAGUCCUUUUUUUGUUAAAUAGUAUUUCUUGUCACUGGGUACGGGCUUGGAAAUUUUGUCUCUCUUACAUAACCCUUUAUAUAACGUGCUACUAAUAUUAUAUUCCAGGGUUCCCUGCUCCUUUUGUAUUGUGUGUCUAUUAUAUUGAAUAUCAAUAGAUGUGACCGCAUGUCCCUCUCCGUCACCCCACUUAGGGCUCCUACACAGUUUUAUAUUAAACUAGGAUACAGAACCAGUGGACACCGAGCAGUAGAACAGCGACACUGAGCCGCAGUGGUUAUGUUGCUCAAAGUGUCCUUGUAAACUAGAAUGUACUUUUUUUGUACAGUCUUCCGUCUUCCUUAAUUAUUGACUUUAUCAGCAGUUCUUUAUGAGUAACACAUCAUUAUAUCUGAUAUUCUAUGUUAACCGCACGGCACCAGCAAAUUCCUUCCCAUAACCAAUCCUGCUUCUCCCACUUAGCUGUGGUUAAGUAACAAUCCAACAAUUAUACUUCCAUAUAAAACGUAUUUCUCUUAUGUUUAAUCUUUCUUUCCAAAGGUUCAACAGACAGUGCAUUGUAGACAAAGACAAGAGAAACCAGUGUCGCUACUGUCGCCUGCGGAAGUGUUUCCGGGCAGGGAUGAAGAAAGAAGGUUGGUCGAACAUGGAAACAUUCCUCCCACCCCCUCCCCCCCAAAUAUAUUAUAUUUCUUUAGUUUGAUAUUUUUAGAAAAAGUCCAUAAUGUGGUAAAUUCAAACCAGUGUGUAUAGACUGGUAACCCGAUGCUUGCUAUGGCCUCCACCAUCCUGAGUCAUGUAUUAGGUUGGCUUGGAGAAGGUUCCUUGUGGUGGUAGCCAAGAAAUGAGAACUUAGAGCCAGAAGCAGGGAAGGGGCUGAGAGUUGUGGAUCCCUUUGCCUACAAGCGCUAAAGGAAAAUUCAUAAUGCCAGAUCAAACAUAAUUCUAAAAAUACAUCACUUUAAAAGUGGAACAGCCUUUUUGUAGACAGGCUGACUAUAUGGAGAGACAUUGUGGGACUUUGAGCCAGGAAACUAGUCAAGAACAGGCAUUAUGUCCCAUCCAGAACUCCCACUACGCCUACUCAUGAUUAGUGUUUAGCAUUGUAGAGGUUCCAGGAAAUGUCGAUUAGCACACGAAGGGCUGUGGCAGGGACAGCUUGUGUGAUUAGGACUUUAACAAGCUGCUGAACAUGGGAUUAAAAAGAUAAUAAAGGAAAAUAAGGUGCAAGAUGGGAUCUCACAGUAUUGCACAUUUCCCCCUAGUACUAGAUGUAUGCUGCUUACAAAACCACACAAGAACCACUUGCAGCUCUUCUCCGUGUGCUUGUCCUCUGAAUGUUAAUACCUGAAGGGAAGUGUGCUGGUCUCUAUUUGGUUUAUGUAGAAUGCUGUAUAAGAACACACAGCUUUUUAAACAGAGACUGGUGUCUGUGUAUAUGGAACAAACUGCUGUUUUUCUAAGAAUACAUUAAAAUACAUUUAGUUCUUUUUUAUUCACUAAUCACAUACCCCUAUGGUUCUUAUCUGAUGGCGUUUUGGAUUUAUAGCUCUCAGAUGAUGUUUAAUGUUAAAAAUGGAAUACACUAUCUUGACAAUUAGGCAUGCCCCGGUUGUCCGUUUCCUUUAGCAGGGGUCUGGAAUGUUGGAUACUGUCCCUUUUAUAAGAAAAGUUCAAAUAGUGUUUACAGUCAGUGCUGUGUCAGCCUAGGGGGUGAAUGAACCUUUAACCUUGAUUUUUGAUGUUUUUUGUUGUCUGUAAGCCAUCAAGUGACGGUUUGCGUGAUCUCACUGGAGUUCUUUGUCAAUGCUCACCUCUAGUUCAGCUGGUUGAGCGAUAAGACGGCCCAAUGGCAUUUUUAGGAACCUGAAGUGUUUCGUCAAAGCGUGCUGUGUAUAUUUACAUAAAGGAAAGUUCUAAGCCUAAAUAUAUGUAUUAUUUGAUAUUUUUGUUGCAAACCUGCUGGCAAUAUCACAUUAUGGUUUUUAAAUUUCUUUUUAAAAUGCUUGACUUUCUCAUUUUUUAUGUAUAUAACAGUAGGUGGUUUAGUUCUACCAAAGCUCACCAUAGUGCUAGCGAUAUUUUGGAACAUUCGUAAGAAACCAAUUCACAUAGCACUGAAAUCUCCAUGUGAAAGAAAUAAGCCUGGUUUGAGGGAUGAAGCCUCGUGAUGCCUGUUUUUGCAGUGUGUUGUGUGCCAGGUCACAUUGCUGAGCGUUAUGAUAUAGAACAUCUGCUUGAGCCCCCGAGACCUGUCCAAACGCUCCAUUUACUGCCUUCUCUUCAGGCAUUAGACUGUUUGUGAUGGAAACCGUUGACAUUAAAGUAAUUUGAGAGCGCUACCCCUGACAUGACUGGAAAUGAAACAGGCAAUUUAAUUACCCCCAUAACUGUCCUAGGUAUACCGUGAUUUAUAUGUUGUUGGCGAUUGCUGUGGAAGAAUUUGCAGAAGGAAUAUUAUUGUGGAAUCCGGGCACAGUAAGGACUAGGAGUGUGUAAUUGGCACAGGGCAUGUCUGCUUGGGGUCACUCAAGUUUCUGAGCAAUGGAUAUUAACAUUACUAAGCAAUAGUUACUUUAUAAAACCUUGCCAGUGCCACUCUGCUAAGACUGUCAGUUUGACAUUAAUAGCACAACUAACCCCUCUGCAGGCUAGAUUAAAUACACAAUGAUAAUACGCUAAGUGCAAGAUUUUAACAUUGUAAAAUCAGUUUUGCUCACUAGAUGAUGGUGUGGGUCUUGUUUUUCCCUGUAUUUUUGCACAGCAUUGCAGAAUGGGAUAGAUUUACCUAUCCUUUAUUUUACAGGUGCAAUAAAUAUCUCAAGAGAGCCAAAUCCAAUGAUAGAUAAUGUUUAACAGACUGGUUGUGUGGGGUUCUGCUACUUCAAAGAAUGUGAGCGGGUAAAAAUAGACAUCAAUAGCUCUAACCAUUAAGAGCCUCUCAUACUCGAAGAUUAAACGUAAUCCUAAUUACACUAGAGUGAAAUGUGGCAGGGUAUAUCGCAAUACUCACAGAUAAUCCGAUUAAUUGGAUGCUUAUACUUAGAAUUUAAGAUGUAAGAAAUUAUCAGGAAAGUAAUUAGUUUUAAUCACUUCUUUAGAAUUGUGCAAGUGUAUCCACAUAUAUAGAUUUUUUUUUUUAAAUUAAGCCUGUAUAAACUAUGCCAAUGAUGUCCUAGUACUGAAACUGCAGUAAAGAGCGAUCUCUGUUCUUUAUAAACGUAACAUUAAUUAUUUGGCACAAGUGCCUAUUCUAACCUUGAUAGUUAUAGCUAUAUGUCCCUGUAUGUUUAAAGGGACACUAUAGUCACCAGAACAACUACAUUUUAUUGUAUUUGUUCUGGUAAGCAGAAUCAUUACCUUUUAAGCGAUUUGCAGUAAACACUGCUUUUUUUCCAGAGAAAAUACAUUAUAGCCAAGGGAUCCCUCCACUGGCCUCUCCUCAGAUGGCCACUAGAGGUGCUUCCCGGUCAGUGCAGUGUGCAGCGCUGUCUUUCAAUGUCUCCACCCACUGUAUGGAGACACUGCACUUUCCUCAGAGAGAUGCAUUGAUUCAAUGUUUCUCUAUGAGGAGAUGCUGAUUGGCCAGGGCUGUGUUUGACUUGUGCUGAGUCUGCCCAUGAUCUACCUCCUUGACAGCCUCAGCCAAUCCAAUGUGAAAGCAUUGUGAUUGGCUCAUAUCACCACUUCUGAUGAUAUCAACCAAGUAGACAGAUCAAGGGCACAGCCAGCAGCAGCAGACUUGAAUAAAAGUAAUAUUUUACUCUAUUUAGGGGGCAGGAGAACUAGAUUGUUUUUAACACAAUAGGGUCUGGAAUACAUGUUUGUGUUCUUUUAAUGUUAUUGUACAGUGGAACCCAAAAUUUUCUGAUGGGCUCUCCUUCCUUUACCCAGCUCCGCUAUUCCUAUUCCUGGACAAUUUACGGUGCAGGGAGAUAAGUUUCAUAAUGGCUCAUGCAUUAAGGUCUCCGGACUCUGAGCUCUGAUUUUUUUUUUUCAGACGAUGGUAAAAGUUCCAGUGAUAUUGUGUGGGGUGGUGGGAUCCAUCCAAUAGGCAAAAUGUCCAGUCAUAUAAAUCUCCUCCAAGUCUACGCAUUCAGGCCCUGUGCAGGCUCCGAUUUCACUUAGAUCAGUGGUCCAUCCAGUUCUCUAUCCUUGGAGUCAGAGUUGGGGCUCACCAUGUUGUAGCACUCUCUUCGUGAACUCAGGCACCUAGUAAACCUGACUUGCAGUUGCUGUUAUAAGUUGGUAUUGCUUCCAGGAUUCUCAUCAGCUAGAAGGGUUUCUGAGUUGUCAUAUUUUUUUGUAUUAUUACAUGAUCUAAAAGAACAUAAAGCAAAAAGAGUUAAUUCGUAGCCGUGUUUAGUGGAAGAUAAUUAACAAUGAGGGGAGUACGGAGGAUGGAGCCAGUGGUGCUUCUGUAACAGGAAUACUUUCUUCUUUGCAGCGGUGCAGAAUGAACGCGAUCGUAUCAGUAUGCGCAGGAGCAGCUAUGAAGAAAAUGGUUCCCUAUCGAUUAGCAUUCUGACCCAGGCGGAAUCAAUGGUACAUCAAGUAAGUGAUUUCAUUUUUUGUUUUUUUUACAGUUUAACAGCUCCAAAGCUAAAGCUAAAUGUGAAAAUUACAAUGCAGCUGCGGUAGCAGUUUAUGGUAUUUCAUGCACAACUGCAGUCAUUAACCACCAAAGGUGAAUUUAGAUCCUGGAUGUAUGAGGCAUUGAACAAUCAAUAUGGGGAACUCACUGUGUACUGGAAGAUAUAGCCACGCUUUCUAUAAAAUGAUCAAACCAUAGACAGGAGGUGGUGAAACCAUAGACCCUCUGCCCAGGGUUAGAAGGGCCUUCCACUACUGGCCAUUGUUUUCCUGUUAUUGAGCAGUAUAUUCAUGGCAGGAAAGGAGGAAUUGGACAAGGUUAAUUGGACAAUACUGUAUGUUCGUGUAUUUCUUGUUUAGAGCUGUCUGAAGAUUACGCUCUCUGUUACCUCCACUUUUAAUUGUUAGGAUUACAGUCCAACGCUAAAGGUAUGUACAGUGUCCUGAUAGAGUUUGGCUGUUUUACGACGGAAGGACUGAGUAUGUUUCUGUUAAUGGAUAUAGCUAAAGAAGGCAUAAACAGUUAUAACAGUGUUUACUGAUAAAAUCCAAAUAGAAAUAUUUAUACCCUGCCAGGGUCGCUGGUGUUAAUAGCUAGCUUCACUGUACAAACAAUGGCCUUUAAUGUCUAUCAAACAUUGCACAGGGAUACGACAAGACAGGGCAUCGGGGUGGUAGGCAUUGGACAGGAGAGGGCAUCUUGUUGGUAAGCAAUGCACCAGUGAUGGGACAGAGCUGGUAUAUGGCUGGUAGGCAACAUGCAGGGAAUCAGAAAGGGUAGGGCAUCUGGCUGGUCAGACAGGGGAUCAGACUAUGCUGGAGAAGGUAAAAUCCAUUAAAAAUUGGCAUGCAACUUGUGUCUUACAAGCAUUUAAACCUCACAGAUGCCAUCAAGUUUACUUUCCAGCCCAUUUGCUGACAAUCUGUAGUCGAAGAGGUUGUCCAGUAAUCUGUGCAGUAUCAGGGCUCCUGGCACAGGCUGAGUGCUUCAGACUUCAGAGAGCUCUGCUUCAAACAUAGGGAAAGGCACAACAGCAAAUGUUCUAUCUGAUUUAAAUCCAGUUUGUGGUUAUCAUCGCCACCUUGUGGCUGCCAAACGAAUUACACUGUUUACAAUUAACUAUAUUCCAUUAGUGGCAAAUAAAAAUGUAUUUAAAAAAAAUAAAUAACCCACUUUACUUGUUUAUGCAUCAGUCUUUCGGCAGCGUGCAUGUGCUCUGCACUAAUAGGAAAUGAGAAAUUCUCUAUACAGAUAGCUCUCAGGGGAUUCAUCACUCAGAUAGUAUUAUGCUAAUGGUAAAGGCUAGCAUUAAACAAACCACCCAGCUGUCUGGCUAAGUGCAGGACAAGGUUACACAUUGUUUUACUGUUUUCUGUCCCUUAUUUUUGUUAAUUGAUAUUUGCUUUAUUGCGAUGGCCUCAGAAUACUUCUGUUUGACACUGCUGACCGUAAUCUAAACUUCUUUAUCCAGUUCACUUCGCUUAGUCCACUUCAUGGAGCUGACAUUGCAAUGAAGAAAAUAGCCACCAUCAGUGAUGUGUGUGAGUCGAUGAAGCAGCAGCUCCUCCUGCUGGUAGAAUGGGCAAAAUAUAUCCCAGCCUUCUGUGAACUUCUCCUGGACGAUCAGGUAAACUCAGGUGUUGCUGGGGAGAGUUAGUGAAGUCACAGCUCCUUAAACUCUCUGUGGUGAAUGUAUAGAAUGUCACAAUCCUUCUUCAAUGUAGAUUUUACGGUUAUUGUAACCUGUCUCUGAAUUUGAUUUAAAAAAAAUGCCCCAUUUUGGAUUAAUAAUAGUCCAGUUUAAUGUGUUAUAAUCUGAUAAUACAGCACCUUGCUCAACCCUACAGGGACCCAAACAGAUGGGUGCGUUCUGCAACACACAGCCAGCCAAGUACACUACUUCACUGGAAGAAAUAUUAGUCUUGUAGUAAAAUGCUCACACAGUGGGUGCAUUUACCUCUAUACUCUUCACAGGUUGCCCUGCUGCGGGCACAUGCCGGGGCCCAUCUCCUCCUGGGAGUUGCCAAACGCUCUCUGCCUUACAAAGAUUUUCUGUUACUGGGUAAGAUACGAUAUGAUGCAUACGGAUAGGACUCUGCAUGUUACGGGCCUGAAGCAGUGUAUACAGUUAUAUAUCUAGACUGUAUAGGGUUAAUUUACUAAACAUCCCAUUACAGUCCAUAUAAAACUGAAUUGCAAAAUGUAGGCAAAAAAUCGCCAUGCUUUAUAAGAAAAAACUUUAUCUACAUUUUGUAAGUCUGUACAGUUCAGCAUUUAGUGAAUAUACCCCUUUCUAGAUUGCCAUACUGAGUCUAGACCUGCAGCAAUGUGUGGUGCUCGAUUAUAGAAGGCCGUUACAGAGAGACGAGCAGGAAUGUGUCUGUGGCGGAGGGACAUACCACGUGGAAGUUAAUGAAAUAAACGGGGUUUCCUUGUCUUGCAGGUAAUGAUUUUAUUAUCCCCAUGCAUUGCCCAGAACUUGAAAUUGCUCGUGUUGCCACCAGGAUUUUGGAUGAGUUGGUGAAACCUUUGCGCGAUAUUCAGAUAGAUGACAAUGAAUAUGCCUGCCUGAAAGCCAUUAUAUUCUUCGAUCCCGGUAAGUAUGAGUUUGUGUGUCUGUAAUAUAUAUAAUAAAUAACUGGCAUGAGAAUGAAUGGUCAUCCUUGCCCUCAGAACAAGGCAUUUCUGUAUAUGAACCCAGUUACGGGGUGAUUCUGGCGUCCAUAUUGUUUAUAGCCUAGGAUGUUCAGCCAGACCUUGAAGAGAUAUUUAAAUCCCAAUAUGAGACGGCAUGCGCACAGCUGGAAUGGUGGUUAAUUCGGACAGCCAUGGGAUUUGGAGUAUUAUUACAUAUUUAGCACGCUAACUCUCCAGCUGCUUUUUGCAAAUCUUAAUUAUCCUGAAAGUUAAUUUUGCUCUCUAGUCAUGUGAGAUUUACAUCCUAAUGUGAUCCGAGGCUGUCACCGUGUUAAAAAGAAAAUUAGAGUUUAUCCAUUUGGAACAACUUUGUCAUUUAACGUAGUGAUUAAUGCAAGAUAUCAGAGUAUGUCCUACAAGUUUAGUCCGAGUAAAUAACCUACCAUCACCUGUUUUUUUUUUUUAAAUCCCACCUGUUCAGUAACUCUCAGACCCAUCCAUUUAAUACUCUAUGCAGUGACCGACGCCAUCUUUUUAUUUACCCUAGAUUGUAAAGGCCUGAGUGAGCAGUCCAAAGUAAAGAACAUGCGAUUCCAGGUUCAGGUAAAUCUGGAGGAUUAUAUUAACGACAGGCAGUACGAUUCCAGAGGAAGGUUCAGCGACAUCCUUCUCCUCCUGCCGCCUCUUCAGAGCAUCACUUGGCAGAUGAUCGAGCAAGUUCAAUUCGCUAAACUCUUUGGCGUUGCCAGGGUUGAUAGUUUACUGCAGGAAAUGCUUUUGGGAGGUACAAUCAUCUGUCAAACUAUGCAGUUACUCUUACUUUUUAUAACACUGCACUGCUGUUACUCUUUCCCUCUCUGCAUGCCUGAUUAUUGAAUUUCUUAAUUUGAAUUAUUACUUCCUUUUACUUUUUCCAAGUGUUACCUUGUUUGGUGUAAUGUCAUACAGCGCAAUGUGUAAUACUUUACGACUUGAUGCUGGUGGGAAUCUGUUGCUCUGUAUUUUGCGGAUUUGAAAGACAUGCAUUCGAUCUAGUUUUAGUACUGACGAGCAUAGGCGUGCGCACGGGGUGUGCCUGGGCACAGUCUAAUCCCCGCGGCACGCCUCUGGAUUGAGACCGGCAGAGGAGAUCUCAGUAUCCCCCGUCGGCUCAUGCAGAGCCGGCGCUAUCCGAGCGCCGGCUCUGCUCUAAGCCUCCCCUCACCGACACACAGGCAGUGAGGGAGGCAGGAGAGGGCCCGAGAGGUCUUGCCAGCAGCUCCGCCGGGUUCCUUUGGCGAGGUUGGAGCGUUGCCGCGGCAAUGCUCAGAGUGAACUCUAGCCCCGCAGGCUAGAGUUCACUCUCCACUGGACCACCAGGGAAUGGAUGGCAGCAGCAGCAGCAGGAUCCCCCCUCCCAGGCAUAAGGUAUACAUGGAGGGGGGAUAUUUACUAAACACAAUACACACAAUCACCCAAACAUACAGCACACGCACAGCAUCUACACACAAUACACACACACACAUCACCCUCACACAGAUAUCAACCUUACACACACAGCACCCUCACACACACACUAACAGCACCCUCACAUCACCCUUACAGACACACACUAAAAGCACCCUUACACAUACACACACACAGACACUAACAGCACCCUUACACACACUAACAUCACCCACACACAUACAGUGCCCUUACACACACACCCUCACACAGCAGUAUAUGUGUGUGUGUGUAUAUAUAUAUAUAUAAAAUAUAAAUACGCGGCAAGUGUGUUUGUGCUUUAGGGUGCACACCCUUAUACAAUAGGCUGUGCACGCCUAUGUUGACGAGCGCGCGUACACGUGUUUUACUAGGGGGCCGAUUCCGUCGUACUGUUUGCUGCUUUGUGAUCCACUGAUUCAUAUCAUCAUGCUGGUGAAUUUUCACCGUAUUUCCAGUUUCCAUAACUACUUUCCCAGCUUGCAAAGCAAAGAUUGGGUGGCCCAGCUCAACUUGUAUAUAAGGGUGUUAAGGGACUUUGUGACAGCACUACCAUGCUGGUUUUAGCAGUCAUAUUGUGAAAUUCGAAAAUGUCCAACACUUCUGUAAUAUUCGAGUAAUCCCUUUAUUAUUAAUCGAAACACCAAGUGACAUUUCACCAGAGGAGUUUCAUUGAGAUAAGUUAGUCAUUGAAAUGUUGCUUGGUAUCUGGGGUUCUAAAUAAAGUACCCAGGACUCAAAUACCCUCCAAGGAUUCCCGAAUUGUGAGUAUUUCUGGCAUUCCUAGUGUCUAUUAAACACAGAUGAAAACAAGGUCUUUGCUUUUAGAGUAAAUUUGCAGGACUGACUUCUAGAACCAUUCUGAGAUAUUUUGAUGGCAGUUAUUGCCAAGCUGUAACAAGCGUAAAAUAUAGGCCAAAAAUAUUGUAUAGAAAUUUAGUAAUUUGCGUUUUACUUCCUUACAGUUGGUUUAGUGUUUGCGGUUUUCUUUUCCUGCACCUUCUGGAGCAGAGUAGGAAGUCUGUAUGGCUUAUUCUGGCUGUCAGAGCUUGAGCCCUGAUGUAAUUACAGAAUUAUGACAUAAAAUCUUGCUUCCAAUGAGAAUGAGUUAUACAUUGAACUGUUUCUGUUGUAGGAUCUGCAAUGGAAGGACAGUAUAUGCAUUCAGGAAACUCCAGCUUGAGCCUUGAAUUAAUACCAGGACACACCAUUCACCCCAUCAACCUUCACUCUGUUAUACAUUCCGUUUCAUCCUGUAAGUACUAAAAUCUACUCGCCCCUUAAUAUGUCCAGUCCUGGAAAAUCUUGUUACAUAUGGGCUUAUUCACUAAACCUCGAAUUGUAUGAUUUUUGCUAAAAAAGACAAUUUUUGACUAGUGGAUUAGGAGACUUUUCCAAAAUGACUAUGGUGUUUUAUUACUAAAUGCCAAAUUCCCCUGAAUUGAAAAUUGCAACGUUUAGACAACUAAGUAAUCCUAUUAUCAGACUACGGCGAUAAAGCCAACGUUGUCUAACAAAGAGCAAAGUCAGUCGGACAGCACCACCAUGACUUGUCUCAUGGGUUCACAGAAUUGUUCUAUUGACAUGCCUUGCGUGGUAGAUCAGUUGUUAAAGUAUCUCUUCUGUUUAGCUUCUCCAGAAACGUCUCUUCCGUCACCUCCUGUCAGCUCCAGCAAUGAAGAAUAUAAGUUUAAUGCUGCCACAGGACCCUCCAUGCCACUAAUGCCCCGCACAGUCAUUGCUAAAAAGGAGGUAUUAUAGACAAUGUUUUGGGCUCGAAAGAAUGGAAAACUCGAACUCUUAUUGCACGAGUGUAGUUCUGUGACACAGAGGAUCAUUUGUACUUAUACCAGAUGUGUGUGACAAAACUCAGGAAAAAAAUCACUAAAAGAAUCUAAAACAUUCCUUCUGCCAAAACUCCCUGUACAUCUUCCCCCGUUUCAAUGUUAAAUCAUGCAAGCUUGUAAUUGGUGAACGUGUGAGUGAUAAGGCCAUCUUCAGGUACGCAGUACUAGAGAUCUCACCAACUGUUACAUCCCUGCCUGAGGAAACCACUUCAAAGAACUACUAACAAUCCAGUGUUCUAAAAUAUCCAGCAUGGUUAUUACAUUGUAUAAUGGACUGGAUGUUACGGGGAUCACUAGGCAGAAACCAUUUUAUACUUUCUGGACCCUGUGCCUGAUUUCUUUUGUAUCAGACAGCAGUGGUCAUGAAGCCAUAAUGUGACAUUUGUUUAUUCUAGUUUUUGCUUCUUAUAAAGAUUAGAAUGUUUAGACCGUUGUACUGUUAAUCUUUUAGGUCAAACACACAUCUCCCAUUUCAGUAAUGAAUGAAAACACAAACAAUUGGUUUACCCUGUCAAAAACCAAUAUAAAUAUGGGAUUUCAGAGUUGUCCAGUCUUGUAUACAUUUAAAUCAUGUAACUGACCCACAGCUUCACUGGUGGACUCCAUGUCUUGUAGUCUGGAGGAUUACCAUAUCCAAACCUGUGCAUGUUCAGGUGUAUAGAUCAUGACCCUGUAGUCUCACUGCUCAAUUCUGUCAUUUAGUAGUUAAACUGUUUUGUUUAUGGAGCCUUAGUCACACUUCUCAUGGCUGUGAACGAUGCAGCCAACAUGUAAGAAAGAAAAAUAAUUUUUUGGGUCUUUCUUACUUUUAUUGAACUUUAAUCACACACAGGUGGCCCCUGCAAGACCUUGGAGGCUAUUAACAGAACAGGAGCCAAGAAAGUCUAAAUUAGACUGUGCCAUAAAGGAAUUGUAAACAUUAGAUUACUCUUUACAUGAAGUGUUUAGGAAGGCUGUGUGAGUCACAUGCAGGGAGGUGUGGCUAGGGCUGCAUAAAUACAGUGAUUUAACUCUUAAAUGGCAGAGAGAUUGCAGGGGAAUGAUCCAUACACCAAAACAGCUUCAUUAAAGGGAAACUCCAGUGCCAGGAAAACAAUCUGUUUUCCUGUCACUGCAGGUCCCCUCUCCCUCCAACCCCCCCAAUCCCCGGUUGCUGAAGGGGUGAAAACCCCUUCAGUUACUUACCAGAGGCAGCGUCAUGUCCCACGUCGCUGCUUCAUCCUCCGCCGCCGCUCCUCCCAGUGAUUACGUCUGCCGGUGGGCAAGACUGAUCCCGCCCACUGGCCGGGGAGACCUAAUGCGGUGCAGCGCAUGCGCUUUAGAGCUCCCCAUAGGAAAGCAUUGAAGCUUUUCAAUGCUUUCCUAUGGGGAAAUGAGCAACAUUGGAGGUCAUAACACAGCGUGAGGACAUCUAGCGACGCUCUAGCACAGGUUUUCUGUACUAUGAUGCAGGAAGUGCCCUCUAUUAACUGUCCAGUUAUAAAAAAACUGCAAUAAUUAUACUUGCAGGGUUAAGAGUAGUGGGAGAUGGCACCCAGACCACUCCAAUGGGCAGAAGUGGUCUGGGUGCCUGGAGUGUCCCUUUUAAGCUAAGGUUAUUUUGGUGCCCAUAGUAUCACUGAAGCCUGCAGCCCCUGGCAAACUUAACAUAAUGCUUGCUGAGGACAAUAAAUUUCAUCAUUGUCAUUAUUUCUCUCUGUGGGGUUAUGUAGAAAUAAAUAGUUCUAGGGCCAGUUUCUAAAAGCGUAGUGGUCACCAUGGAAACCAAUGCACAGAUUUACAGUUGUAUUCUAUUAAUUUGUAACAAUUCUGCACGAAAGGAUCAUUUUUACAACAUUUAAGUAAAGACACAAAUGUUAAAAUUCUUCAUACAUUCGCAUUUGUUGACUCAUUGUAAAAUGUAAUUUACUCCCGCAGCUUGUUCAUUGCUGUAUGAAGGUAAAAGACAUUGUUCUCAUCAAAUCUUACAGAGAAUCUGCCCAUGACUUCAAAUAAAGCACAAGAAAACCAUGCACGCGUGUCAUUUCACAUAUUAAUACUUUGCAAUUAUUUAAAAAAAUAAGUUUGUAAGAAAGUGACCCACUUGUUUUUAACCCUUGUUUAUACAUGUUAACACCUGCACAUAGCCUAAUGAAGAAUGAACGAACAGCAAUGCGUGUUAAGUAAAACCCAAACAAUUAUCAUUCUGCAAAUUUAUUUUACAUCUAAAAUGACAAUUUAACAAGGGUGUAAAAAACUAAUUCCAGUUCGCACGCUUGCUAAUCACAUUGAUAUUCAGAAUACAAACAAUAGCAGUCCUUACGGUUUGGUUGUAGGGCACCAGGGCUGUUAUCUAGAGCAGCUUCUGAUCGGCCAUCACCAAAUUCAAACACUGGUAAUCUCGUGGCUGCCAUAAGAUUCAAUUCACUCACUUUCCUCUAAAGGGAAUUUUCAAAGCUAUUCACCACGGCAGUUAUAACAUAUCCUGCCAUUCUGUAUUGUCUGAUUGUGAAAGAGCUGGAGGGCAGUUAACAUAUACGACAUGAGGGGAAUAACAACGUGAUGGAUCCCACUCAGAAUGCGUAAAGGCCCCCUGAUGUACAUUCUUAAUGUCAAUACUAAGGAUUGGAAUCCGUCCUCUGCUUGGCACAGGUUGGAGAACGAUAAUCUCUGCCCUGAUAUUGGAUUAUAGCUGACUGGAGAAGUCAUGUUAUUUAGAAUACAAGCUCUGCAAAGCGUUCAAUUUUCUAAACUCUGCAAACUACUCACAGCAAUCUGUAGGGAAUUGUUAUCUAAAUGGUUAUAGUUAGAUGGUUAUAGAUUCACUUUGAGAACUUGGACAAUAAAGCCAAACCAUUUUAUCUUAAAUGCACCAUUCCAGUUUCAGUUCACUACAAGUGGGAGUUGAGCGAUAUACCCCACAGUAUCCGAAACUUACAUUCGGAGGGUGAAAUCAGAUUUAUUAAUAGGUAGCUUUAUUACAAGUCAGUGCAGUUUGAAUUCAGCAGGGGGACUGGGUACACCAUACUGUUACAAAUUUACAUAAUGUAAAAGGUUUUGGUGCAGUACUUAGAAUGAACCUUCAAUGUAUUGUAUAAAUAAAGCACUUCAAAUUAAUAUUCAAAAAAUCUGAACAAAAAUAAAUGACAAAAUAGAAAUAUAGACUGCUGUUCCUGCAAGAUUUUACAUAGCUCUGCUCUUUAAAGGCAAUAUCUAUACGAUGUUAUAAGCCCCACCCCCGUUGUGCUUUAUGUACAAAGGAAACAUGGUUUAAAUGCUCAAUAUUACAGUUUUUAAAAUUGUAUUUUAAAUCUUCAGAAAUUCUACACAAUUUCAAUGUGCCUAAAGUACUAUGCUAUGAAAUGCUGUUUAAAUUCCUUACUGACAAUCCUGGAUUAAACACAACUUUAAAAUGCAGUUUAAUUAAUUUAGCAAAGUUGAAUUAAGAACUCAAAAUGUUAAAUUUAUGGUAAAAGAAAGAACCAAGCUGUGACUAUAGAGCAGAGCUGGCGAAAUGUAUCGUUUACAGGCCUCCCCUCAUCUUCUGCAACAAUGUCUAUAGAUCCAUUUAUAAAAUUUAAAGGAUCACUAUAGGGUCAGGAACACAAACAUGUAUUCCUGACCCUGUAGUGUUAAAACCACCAUUUAGCCCCCCUGAUCCACUCAUGCUUCCAUAAAUAUAGCAAAAUCUUACUUGUAUUCAAGCCUGAAGCUGUAACUCUGCAUGCUGUUUGCCUCAAAAAACAAACAGUCUGCUGAGAUCAUCAGAAGUGGUAGUCUGAUCCAAUCACAAUGCUUCCCCAUAGGAUUGGCUGAGACUGACAAGGAGGCAGAUCAGGGGCAGAGCCAGCAUGAUUCAAACACAGCCCUGGCCAAUCAGCAUCUCCUCAUGGAGAUGAACUGAAACGUUCAGUGUCUGCAUGCAGCGGGAGGAGAUACUGAAUGUUUGGAUGCAUUUUAGGCAGCCAUGAGCCAGGGAGGAUCUUUGACAGCCAUCUGAGGAGUGGCCAGUGAAGUUAUCACUAGGCUGCAAUGUAAACACUGCAUAUUCUCUGAAAAGACUGUUUACAGCAAAAACCCUGAAGGUAAUGAUUCUACUCACCAGAAAAAAUUCAAUAAGCUGUAGUUGUUCUGUUGACUAUAGUGUCCCUUUAACUAAUCAAACACACAUUUAGGCAGCUUCUGCCAGCAAAAACACAACUAGCUGUAGUGGUUAUGGUUCUUGAAGUGUUUCUUUACUGUACAGUGCACUUAAAUUUCAACACCUUCAGAAUUCUAAAUAAAAAUGGAAUUGGAAAAUGAAUUUCAAAUUUAGUCAAAAUAGCCGAAGUGGAAAAUUUGCUUUCCUUUUUAGCUAUCCUGACCUUAAAUUUAAAAUUCACUUUACUAAAUUAUCCUGCAUAUCUUUAUUACACAUAUCUAUUCAGAUACAUUAGAUACUAAUUUUGUAUAUAUUGUGUAUUAAUAUUGUUUUUGUAUUUUAUUGUACCCUAAUGUAACAAUGCAAUGUUUUGUGGACCCAGGACAUACUUGAAAACGAGAGAAACCUCAAUGUAUCCUUCCUGGUAAAAUAUUUUAUAAAUAAAUAAUACUGCUAAGGGGUUACUUACCUCCUCUCCAGGGUUUCAGCACUGCCGCCACCCAGUCCCAGCUUGUUCCUACCACUUUGUAACGUGCUUGGUUCUGCCUGGGGAAACAUCUCCAAAUACAGCAAUCCUCCCUCAUACCGCCGACAGACAUCACUCUGUUCCUUAUUGCACCCAGCAAGAAUGAGACACUUGCUGGAGAUAGCACUGUGAAAGAGCCGUAGAACCACCUAUAAGAGGUCUCCUGCUAAUAGAUUCAUGGCCAUGUCAUAUUCUGUGUCCUCAAUCUUUGAUGGUUAAAAUAACUGCAUCGUCCUGUCUAUUUCAUUCAUCACAAAGAAGAGAGGGGGUGCCAUAAAUAGCUGUAAUUAGUGACACCAGCAACUCUUCCAAUUCUCUGCGCUGUUUGAAGUGAGAUGGAGCAGGUAGAGCUACCGUAUAUUAUUCAGAAAAUACAUAUCUAGAAGGCAAUUGUUUCAAACAAAUCCUGAGUAGUAUGUUUAAUUAGCUCAUAUUUCACAUAUGUAUUUGUGAUGCGUGGAAAAUAAAAUUAAAUAGGGAAUUAAAGUUCUGUCAUUAAAAAAGGAAAAAUUAAAAGAAAGCUAUAGGCAAUUUCCAACGUUUUAUUCAAUGGUGUGAAUUCCAGAGAAGUAACAGCUCUCCUUUAUAGGGAACCUUUAAGAUUCGCAAUGCAUGUUUUAUUUCUCCUCUCUAGAGCCUUACAAACUAGAAAAUUGACUUUUCAUGGAGCCAUACAACUUCACAUUAGAUUGCAUUUUUAUUUUUAAACUACUUAGUGAGAAAUGAGCCAGCACCUGCUCUGUACAGAAAUCAUUCAAUAUUUUAAUAAGUUUGUUUUGGAAUUAUUGUAAUCAUCAUUAAAAAGACGUUAUACUAAAUAAUGGAUUUGUAGAGAGAGUGUGCAGGAUCACACACUGCCAUUAAAUUAUGGAUAACCGGCACAGCGGACACCAAGCUACAGGUCAAUCUGAUUUUAAACUGUAUUCUUUCUUUUCAAAGAGAUUACCAUCUCCUAACAUAAAGAAAAAUACACACAGUUUUUAUAAUGGUGAUUUAUGGCUAAACACAGUGUAAUAGAGUGUUUAACCUCAUUAACAACAGAUCCUUGUGGACCGGGAUCCCUGGAUUACAUUUAUUAUAGAUGUGGAAACAUUCGUGGUGUGUUCAGAAAAAAAUGGGGUAAUUCCCAUGAAAACAGGCACAAUCCAUUGGAGAUUACUCCACGCUUCCAACUUGAGCUCCCUUUACAAAUGGCGGCAUAUUGAGAAAUCUCCCACUGCCGUCCCUUUAAACUGUUUGUUGGAGAAACUCCGGUAUGAGUUGCACAUGAAAUGUUACAGCAAUUACUCACAUGAUACUGCAACAUCCUGCUAUUACCAACAUAAACAUAUGGAACUAACUGACAAAGGGCAGCAGCACACAAUUACUAUUCAGUUAACACUUACUCAUUGUGAAGGCCUCUCUGAAUGGAAGCUUGGUGACAUACCUUCUACCAUAAUCAUGCCUGGUCCAGUAUCGGAGGAUGAAAACCUUACACGUAGUGAUGCAUUUAGGUUCUGGGGAUGGGUAGACAAGACAACUCUUCUCGAAAUAAAUAAAGUUCUAGAAUCUGAGAGUGACAAUCUCUUGUAUGUAGUCCUUUGGGAUGCCAUCUCCAAGGAAAGCUGCUCGGCAAUGAAAGGGUCAAACAGAGAGGGUCAUAAAACUAACCAUAAACUAUAUUUCACUUGAUAACGAAUGUUCAAAGGACUGCAGUUUUAUGUCCUACAUUUAUGACCAUAAAAUAAAGAUUUCACGGGUUCAGAGUCAAAUUCUGCAAACGUAGCAUUUAUUUCCUUAUGAUUUUGUAUGUAUGGCCUGUGAGUGGUUAAAUGCAAACGUAGAGCAUUUCAGAGGAGGGGUUCCUUUAAAUGAAUCACAGCGUGAUUUUAAAUCCUAUGCUGAAUGCAAUUACACAGGAAUCCUAUGUUAUCGGUAUCAGUUUUAUUAGAUAAACCUUCAAGGUUACAAUAUCCUGGUAGAAAAUCUGCUGAUAUGAAAGUUUGGCAGAUACAUAAAUGGCGUUGUGUGAUGCUGAGCCAGUGUCACAUUGUCUAUAAAGGUUAGGGAAAUAUAGAGAAAGUGAUUAACAAAGAAUACAAAAAAAGAUAAGGACAACAACAUGGAAUUAAAAGUAAAAUAAUUUUACAGUCCUAACAGUCAAUGAAAGCUUACACCCAGUACAAUACAGAUACGGCCUCCAUGGCUGGAGGUCUGAUACACUAGAGGAAACAGAAUCUUAAAUAGACAGAAAUAAAUAAUACAUUCAAAUAUCCCAAAUACCAUUCCGUCUCUCACUGGUGCAGAAUAUGAAGAGAUCUCUGAACAUAGUAGUUACCUAUGCAUUUUGUAGCGGUUAUAGUGCAACACGCUCCCUUCUCCCGUCAUUCUGUUACAAUAGCUGCAUGGGGAAAUCCAAGACUGAAUCGCAUGGUUUUUAUUUGCAUAUUUUAAAUACAUUAUCUCCCUAAUGGACUGUAGUGUUCAGGGCUUUACAAAUGAUAACUAGAAAAUCUUACCACCGAACACAUCUAUAGACAGGGCUCUCACAAUGUAUCCUGUUAGCGGUUACACAGGCAUUGGUAAAGCACCUUACAAUGCCUGACAGGGAUAUGUAACCCGAUCAUGUAUAUAAAUUAGGUCUACAAUAAAUUAGAAAGUGGUUGGGAAUAUAGAAACAGCUGCGAAAUGGUUAAAAAUAAGGGAAAUGUACAAUUUUAGAGGUCUCUUACAUAGAGCACUUGCCAGAUCUCUGAAUGCGGUUAAAACGGAUAUAAUCCAUUGCAGUGGUUAAAACAUACACACAGAGCUGGGGUAACAGCAAAUCAGUCUGACGCUCUUCUGUGUGUCCAGUUACUAGUGUUACACUACAGGUAAAGAUAAUUAAAUUCUUCAUUUCAUAAAUCAGUGCAUCAUAGAAUCCCUUUCUCCUCCGUGGGUAACCUUAGUUUCAUACAGCAGGUCAACAACAAAAAUAAAAACAUAUGGGAAAUCUCAUUAUAGCAAAUACAAAGUGAGAUGAAUAUUUCUCAGUUACUGCCAUACAAUGGAAUCUAGCUUUCGAAUGUCAACAUAUAGUCCCAUGCGAUAAUGUAUAAAUGAAGCAUAUAUUGUUACAUGUUGAACAGAGAAUUAGCGGUCAUGUGGACAAGAAAACAACACACGUGGUAUUUGGCAGAUGGCAUGUUCACUAGAGGCUAUCUUACAAGCUAAAGGUCAUCCGUAAGGUCACCUGGACAGAUUGUCCUACCUCCAAGCUUUCAUCUGCUAACACCAGCUCAAACACACAAACAGUAUGAAGCCACAAGCAAUGGAGACGUUCCCAACUAAAAACAAUGUGGUAUUAGGUAACAGAGCAGGCAGCCAGUCUAUAGCGUGUAAAAAGUAUCAUUGUGCUGAAUUCACCAAGUAGAACAGGUGCCAGUGCCUUCCUUAAACCCACAAAUGGUUCCAUUCAAUGGAAGACUGUAGUGGUCCUUACUGCCACUCAACACAAACACAUUUAUAAAAGGUACAAUAGCUGUGAAUAUAUGAGUAAACACAGGAAAGAUGAGAUGGGUAAUAGCGGCAGAAUGACAAAGCCAUUGAAUCAGCAACAGCCAUGGAGGUGCUGAGCUUAAGGUGGAUAGGGACCCAAAUGGAAGUAGUCCGAGAUUAACAAAAAAACAAAGCCAAUAUGUUCUUAUCACGGGUAACUAAAGAUUGGCAUGCUCAGAGAAAAUAUCGCCAUGCGUGUGGGCAGUGAAUAUUCUACCAAUUGCGAGUUAUUUGCUCCAGCACCGAGAUUCUCAUGUGGGUUCCAGCUCAUGGUGAGAUCUUUUAUUUAUACAAGUACGUUAAUAAAAAAAAGCUCAGUCUGCAAUACAGCAUUAAACAUAUUGUCCAUAAAGCACUAGUGUCAUUCAGCUUGUCGAUGAAGUAAAAAAAAAAAAAAAAUCGCUGUAAGCCAUGAUAAUGUUUUCAAUUAUCAGUGGGAGGAAAAAUUCAAAAAAAU